AUGGCUGCAAGUCUCGCCCCUUUCCGACCCGUCGUGGUCCGCGCCUGCGCCGGCGCUGGCCCCCGGAAAUCCGACGCGCACGGCCGGAAAAGCCAAUCCCCCAACUGGUGGACUCCACUCUUCGGCUGGUCCUCCGACCCCGACUACAUUGACUCCGAAAACGCCACCAAAAGCAGCUCCGGCCCCAAGGCCGUUGUUGACAAAGGGGAGAGCAAGUCCGGGCUGGAUCCGGAGACGAAACCGGUGAGAUCUCGGUUCGCCCGGGGGUGCUUCACGGAAGAGAAGGCCAGGCAUCUCCGGAUGAUGACGACCGGCACGGAGUCGUUCCACGACAUCAUGUACCACUCCGCCAUCGCUUCCCGCCUGGCUUCCGACUUCUCGAACCGGUUCGAUCCGUGA